GUCAUUCCAUUUACUUCUCCUAACUAGUAUUAUGAGCCGUCCUCCCCUCAGCAGCCUCUACUGGUUUAACAUCAGAUGUUCUGACUUUGUGGCUGUGCCAGCUAUUGACCACUGUGAAAAACUGCCUCCAGAAUAAUAUUCAUGACGAAAAACGUUAACCUGAGAAGGAGUACAGAACGCGAACGUGCGCUGAGAGAGGAGCACGUGUGUUCGAAGAGUGAGACUGCAGUAGUUAUGGCAAAUGGACUACACGAACUCAACUCGGUAUUAGGGAAGCAAGCAGGACAAAAUGGGUUUGGAUGCGGGUGAACUAACGUGAGCGUAAUCUGGGGUUGAUAGAGGGUCUUUGCGCUCUGCGCAGGAGGUUGAACAUUGGUGAUAGUUUAAUCAAGAAUAGCAGAAGCCUCUGUUUAGGUCUUUACUCUAAAAUCCAUCAAAACUGUGGGCGCAAAGCAAGGAAUGUCAAGAGACAGUAUGACGGCUGUACGAGGUGCCCAUGCACAUAAUGGGAGCUCUGCUGGAUCAAAGGAGAAUGGGCAAAACGCACCGAGCCAUGUUCACGCCGAACCCAAUACCAACGUCGUUCCACCAGGAGACAUCGGCAAUGACACGUCUGGGUCGUCUGCGGGUGACCUAACCCAGACAUGGAUUCAGUUUACGAAGACAUUCGUGCUCAUUUUCCCCAUAUAUGUUUUGGGAUAUUUUGAAUUUAGUUUUAGUUGGCUUCUAAUAGGGCUUGUGAUAUUUUUCUGGUGGAGGAGAAACACAGGAGGCAAGAACACCCGAAUGUACAGAGCCUUGGCAUUCUUUGAACAAGAGGAGAGAAAUGUCCAACAAAGUCUGACAUCUUCUGAUUUGCCAUCAUGGGUCAACUUCCCGGAUGUAGAAAGAGUAGAGUGGCUGAAUAAGACUGUGAGACAGAUGUGGCCGUAUAUUUGCCAGUUCGUAGAGAAGCUGCUCCGCGAGACUAUCGAGCCGGCUGUGAAGGGAGCCAACUCCCACCUCAGCACCUUCUGUUUCAGCAAGAUUGACAUGGGGGACAAGCCUUUGAGGAUUAACGGGGUCAAGGUUUACACAGAGAAUGUGGACAAGCGUCAGAUCAUCAUGGACCUACAGAUCAGUUUUGUUGGAAAUACUGAAAUUGAUGUGGACGUCAAAAGGUACUACUGCAAAGCUGGUAUUAAAAGCAUACAGCUCCAUGGAGUGUUGAGAGUAGUCAUGGAGCCGUUGCUAGGUGACAUGCCCCUUGUCGGAGCUCUGUCCCUGUUCUUCCUGAAAAAACCUCUUCUGGAAAUCAACUGGACAGGCCUCACCAAUAUACUAGACAUUCCUGGGCUGAAUGGCUUCUCAGACAGUCUGAUUCAGGACAUCAUCUACAGCUACCUGGUGUUGCCCAACCGCAUCACUAUCCCACUGGUGGGAGAUAUAGAACUGGCUCAGCUACGCUUCCCUAUGCCAAAGGGAGUCCUGAGAAUUCACUUCCUGGAGGCUCAGGACCUGGAGGGGAAAGAUAAAUUCCUAGGCGGGCUGAUCAAAGGGAAGUCUGACCCCUACGGCGUCCUCCAGAUUGGCAACCAGCUCUUCCAGAGCAAGACGGUCAAAGAGAGUCUGCACCCCAAAUGGAACGAAGUUUAUGAGGCCCUGGUAUACGAGCACUCAGGCCAACAUCUGGAGAUUGAGUUGUUUGAUGAGGACCCAGACAAAGAUGAUUUCCUGGGGAGCCUGAUGAUCGAUAUGACGGAGCUUCACAAAGAGCAGAAGGUCGAUGAGUGGUUUGAUCUGGAAGAAGUCUCCUCGGGGAAGCUACACUUGAAACUGGAGUGGCUCUCUCUGCUCUCCACCCCUGAAAAGAUGGACCAGGUGUUGAGGAGCGUGCGAGCUGACAGAAGCCUGGCCAAUGAUGGACUCUCGUCUGCUCUCCUGGUGGUGUACUUGGACUCGGCAAAGAACCUGCCGAGCGUCUUUACAGGGAGCUUUGGGUGUGGAAACUUAAAAGAGAGGAGAGCAUCUGGCCUAGUAUUUUGUGAGAACAAUACCUCAAUGUAUAGAACCUUAUUUUCCGGCAAGAAAACGAGCAGUGAACCAAGUCCUUAUGUCUAUUUCACAGUUGGGAACAAAUCAUUUGAGAGUAAGAUCCGCUAUAAGACCAAUGAGCCAAUGUGGGAGGAAGCCUUCUCCUUCCUUGUCCAUAACCCCAGGAGGCAGGAGCUGGAAGUGGAGGUGAAGGAUGACAAGCACAAGUGCACCCUGGGAAAUCUUACAGUCCCCUUGAGUGGUCUGUUGGAGGAGGAAGACAUGACGUUUACUCAGCAGUUUUCCCUGAGGAACUCUGGACCCAGCUCCACACUCAAACUCAAGUUGGCUCUCAGGGUUCUGUGCCUGGAGAAGCAGACAAGUGCAUCGGACCAGCUCUCCUCUGUCCAGGUGAGGAAAGCCAGCGAGGUCAAACCCACCGUCCCCUCUCAGAGACUCUCCGCAUCGGAGUCGCCGCUCCCCCCAGCCUACACCACCCCAACACCACCCAUGGAGGCCUCCACCCACUCCCUCCAUCGCAGGGAGGAGCGAAAGGAGGAGCCGUACGGAGGCAGCCCCAUCAGGAGCACCUCUAUCAGGAGCACUUCCAACCUGAGCACCACCAUAUCCAACUCACAGAAACACCUGCCCCAUAAGGACUCCAUGGCCAGCCUGGCCUCGGACAUCUCCCUACCCUUCGCCACCCAAGAGCUGCAGCAGAGGCUCAGGCAGCUGCAGAAUGGGUCUGCCCCUAGUCCGUACCCCCUGGGGGAGAUCCAGCUGACUGUCCGCCACAGCUCCCAGAGGAACAAGCUCAUCGUGGUGGUGCACGCCUGUCGAAACCUCAUUGCGUUCACUAAGGAUGGAUCAGAUCCUUUCGUUCGGGUUUACUUGCUCCCUGACAAGAGCCGGACAGGCCGGAGGAAAACCAGCACCAUAAAGAAAACCCUGAACCCUGUGUAUGAUCAAACGUUUGAGUUCAGUGUGUCCAUGGUGGAGCUGCACAGGAGAACUCUGGACAUCGCUGUGAAGAACGGAGGGAGUAUACUGUCCAAACACAGAGGACUCCUCGGGAAGGUGAUUGUGGAUUUGAGUGGUGAGGAUAUAUCCAAGGGCUGGACACAAUGGUAUGAUCUGACUGAAGAUGGCAACCGCAAAACAGUCCAGGCAUAGAGAGGUAGAGAAUGACACAGGAAGACCGCACCUCCAUCAUCACAAACACCAAUUGACAUUCAUGGGAACACACUCUGCUUUCACAGUGUUAUCGCUUUAUCAAAGGGCACAUCGUUUUCCUCUUCUUUCGAUUUGUUUUGCCAUUUAAAUUUGUGUGCUUUAUCAUGUCGACCUGAGUAGAGAUACCACUUCAGGUUGACUGUAAUAUGCUGUUCCUGCACUCUUCAACGACGUCAAAAGUUUCGCAAAAUUGUCCUGUUAAAAGCAAAACGUUUAUCAGAAAAUGUAGGUUCAUGCGUCAACAAAAAAAAAAAAGCACAUUUUGCUGCCUUUUUUCUAAGUUGUCAAUGUUUAUACAUGUAUAACUGGGCUAAAAUGGACUAAUUAAGAUUUGCAGGGAUUUCAUUUUUAUUUGUUACUAUUGAAGGAAAUGAUGUUGAAAUCCAAUUUUAUUUUUUUAUUUGACAUUGAAUGGACUCCAUAUCUAUUGAUGAACGAAUUCUCAUCAAAGGGACAGGUAUGGCUACUAUGGUAGUUACAAGCCAUGAACAUGGAUGAUCAGUUCAUUUGUUUGAUGUAUUUUUGUCAUGCAGUGUUAUUUGGUCUUUGUUUACUUCCAUGUGUUUUCUUCAUGCUAAUAAACAUCAAUUACCAGUACAGUGAUUCAAAAUCCUACCACUGAAUGCACAUCUAAAAAAGGAUGACAUUGUUGUUCAGUAUAUUCUACACUGUAUAUUUUGAGGGAUUCAGUGCAAUAUAGAAUUAUGUUGAGAAUGGAGGGGUAUAUGUCAGGGCGGGGAUAUGUUCUGCUCUGGUGUACGUUUAUAUCUAAAUAGAGAUAAGAGUUUGAUUUAUUGUAAUACAUCAUUUGUAAAUUAAUAGAGGAUAAUAUAUGAAUGGUUUCUUACACCAGACGUUAUGGUCAGUUUUGAGCAACAUUGCGUGAAGUUUUUGUUUUUAUCUGUCGAAUGAUGACAGAAUGUGCCCUUGGCUACUCCUGUACGUAAAGCCAUACAGUGAACACUGUUUUAUCUUGACACACUUCCAUGUUGUGCAUUACAAACAUCUUAAAUCCUCUGUCAGUUAUCUUUCCUGUGCCUUAUUAACAUUAAACACCUUCACAUUCACAAAUGAACAUGAAACCUUUUAGCAGCAAUAGUUUUCAAGUUUGGAAUAAGUAUAUUCAUGGUUUGUUUUGAAUAAUAAACAGUUGUU